GCCAAUCAGCGACAAGCUGGUAUCAAUCCAAGAUGGCGACCGAACAGGGCAAUGAGGACUCAAUACUUUAUGAUCUUUUGGUUGAUGCAGAGUGGCCUUUAGAAGGGGAAAUAUUAAGCAAACCAGGGAUCGAUCUCGGUGAUCUCCGAGGCUCCCUCCCCAAGAAAUGUUGGACGGUCACACAAAACUCGCUAAAAUGGGUCAUACAUGGAAUUCAGCAUAUAUUCAGUGGGUCAUCAUUGGUAGAGGGUAUUCCUGCAAAGCUUCAUCAGUUUGUCAGUGGAGGGUUAAAGUGGAGAAUCGUUUUGUCAAGUGAUGGUAGACUAGUUGCCAUCUUACAAGAAAACUGCAUAGAAAUAAGAUCCCUGAAAGAUGACUUUGCAACUGUUGUGUCCAAGUGCCCAGUUGAAGAAGACCCCUACCCCCAGUGGAGAAGAGUGGCUUGGAGUCAAGACUGCUCUAUGCUGGCUUGCUCCCAUAGCUCUGGUGAGGUUGCUGUUUAUGAUCUUGCCGGAGAGUUACUGUUUACAAUUCAACAGACUUCUCCUGGCUCUGUUGGCCUGCCACUAACCCUCAGCUCUGCUGUCUCUGGUCUUAUCUUCAUUGAACACAAGAGUAGUGCGCAAUGGGCUGCAGAGCUUCUAGUAAUUCAUUAUGAUGGAUCCCUUACCAACUACUCAGUGAGCCCAACGAAUGGAUACCAAGAGAAUCACCGGUUUUCCUUCUCACAUGUUCUUCACCAUGGCGUGUACUGCAUGCUGUACCAUCCCCAGUACAAUAUGUUACUAUUAGGGGCUACUGCUGAGAGACACGCCAAUUCCAUUGCUGAUGAUGUUCCUACUCCUCUGGACUGUGGACUGUCUGCCUGGAGAAUUCUCUCUGGUUUUCCACACUAUAAACUGAUUGAGGAUGAUCACAUUGAAAUAAAGGCGGGUUCUGACAUGCUGAAGAGAAUAACAAAGUUGUCCCCUUUUAGAUCUGUGGCGGGAAAGGAUGGCAUUAUUAGCCUGUGCUUAUCCCCUGAUGGUAGCAAGCUGGCGGCUGUACACUUGUCAGGGACCCUAACCAUGUGGGAAGUGCCAUCGCUGAGACAUAGCUAUGCUUGGAGUGCGAUGGACCAGCCUGCGGUGGAGGACCCAGAGGCUGACAUUGCAUUUCAAGGGCUCAAGAGAAAACGGGAGACUAAAGAUGAAAUGUUCUUUGGGCUGACUGCAGUGAGCUGGUGGUCACCUGAGGCCCUCAUUCUCUCUCACAGCAAAGGUGCAGUCACAGUUACCAAGAUCAGAGAAAGUUUGCAUAACCUGCUGGGAACAUCUCCCGAGUGGUGUGAGCCAUGGUCACAGACUACUCAAGCGCACAAUGGAGGCUUUCUUAUCCUAGAGUGCGAGAACACUAUUCGCUCAUCACGUGGAGGCAAAGUGUCAAUCAGUGAAGAUGAAAGGGGCGAGUUGCCACACAGCGACGAUGAAGACAGCGAAGACGAGGAAGCAACAUUCGGGACAAAGUCCAGACACUUCGCCAGCCAGGUGAUGUUCUUCCUGACUGAAAGCGAACGUUUCCAGCCUCCCGUCAAGCGACCAAAGAUCCUUCAUCGUACAUACAGACUGGUUUGCAUCCGCUCAACAACGCCGGAGGAACUAUAUGCACGUAAGAUUGAACUGGAGGAGUAUGGCGAUGCGUUGGUUCUCGCACAGACCUACAACCUGGACAGCGAUCUGGUCUACCAGAAGCAGUGGAGGAAAGCGAGAGUCUCUGUGGCGUCAAUACAUGACUACCUGAGUAAAGUCAAGAAUCGCUUGUGGGUGCUGAAUGAGUGUGUGGAGCGUGUGCCAGAGACUUUUGAUGCCGCAAAACAGCUGCUGGAGUACGGGCUUCGUGGGACGGACGCGCGGGUCGUGCGGGCAGUUGGCAAUGGCGAGACUGACCUCGGUUUUAUUAUGAGGCUGGAGCGUGACGAGCAUGCGCAUGAGGAGGAGGGGAAGCACGCUGAAGAGCUGAAGGAAAUCGAGGGCUCACUCGACUUUGCAAGCUUCAACCUAGAGCAGCGCGAUAUCUGCCGGUACCGCCUGAGAUUGCUCCAGUACCUGGACCGCCUGGACACAUACGAGGUCAUCUUGGGCGGAUCACACGUCGCUCACGAGGAGUACGAUUGGGAACUUUUCCAGAGAUUUCGUGACAUCAAUAUCGUACAGGCCGCCGUGGAAUACGCAAGGGAGGGUAAUCACGAAGCAGUAGAGUCGAUCUUCACGUACCAUGGUGAGGCCACCCUACCCCACUGGCUAGCCAUACUUUGCAACUUCCCCGAGACGCUCCCGCCCUCUGAGUACAGCGGGAUUCUUCCAGAGGCUGGGUUUCAGCAGGGUGAUCCGGAUGUGUUGCCAUGGGAACAAAAGUUCUGGCGGAAUAGGGACUGGUGUGAGCAGACCGAGUGUAAGAAGAUGCUGGACUGGGGCGAGGAGGGAGAUGCGGCAGAGUUCCUGUACGAGGAGUGCCCUGAUCUCGCACAGUAUAGGGCGGAAAUGACGUCUGAGCUUCUAACUUUCUGGUAUCAGAACAGGGCGGCGGAUAUCGAGAGAUACUCUAAACAGGUGGAUAACGCACUAGAACUGGUCAAACUAGGGCUUGAACGAGGAGUAAAGGACCUCAAACAUCUCCAUGAUGAUUUGGUCACCUUGGAAGACCUAAUAUAUGAGUGCAAAGCGGAUGUUACACUCGGCUUGGAUCAGUUCCAGCAAAUGACAGACCUGGACAAACUACGUAUGCUUCUAUCCAAGUCAAGUGAGGUGUGCUUCGUGGGGGACUUCAAGCGCUGGGCCACCCCCUUUCUACAAAGGGUCAACAAGUGCAAGCCUGGUUCCCAGACCUCCCUCCUCAGGCAGUACCUGACAGAUAUCGCCAAGACGGAUCUCACUUACGUACUGAAGGUUUUCCAGAAUUCAACGCCAGAGUUGAAGGAACCGUUGAUCGCUGACAUGGCGCUACUGAUGAAACUCGCCCUGGAGUGCAUAUAUAUCUGUAAAAGGGAGGACCAGGUGGAUCUAGCCUUUAGUAUCCUAGAGUGCCUUCCUGCCCCAGAUGACGCAAUUCUGUCUGAGCAGGUUGGAGAACUUAAUAAAAAGAUAGACCAAUUGGAGGUCAAUUUGUGUGCCUGUGAAAUCCUGGCGAGGCAUGGGAUCCCAAAGCCUGUAUCCUUCAUCAUUGAUACACAGGGUAACAAAAAAGAGGCACAAGAGUUGAUGAAAACCUUGACAUCACUUACAGCGAAAAGGACUCCUGUUGUAAAGGAGAAAGGCUGGCAGGCCCUGCUGAAAGACAUGCUCCGUCUCCAGGAGAAGACUUAUAACUGUAUCGAUACGAGCGUCUGUUACGAGAUCUAUGCAGAAACACUGUUGUACUCGGGACACACCGACAAUGUCAUUCUUGCCGGCCAUAUGCUUUGCAAGUCACCUCUAGAGGACGACCACCCAGCCCCACAGGAUCCCCUGAAGGGACCUCGUGUGCCAUACGCUAAGGCUGUGGAACUCGUGCUCGGAGCAAGCAAAGAGUACUUCAACUCGUCCAACGAUUUGUCUGACUCUGCAAUGGACUUGGCAAGGGCAUGUUUGAAUCUGAUCGAUGAUCGGCCUCCGCUGAUUCAGGAAGAGUUCAAUCUGAUCGCAGCACUUGGCUUGCUUGAUGACUUUAACGUACAGAUACUGCCACUUGAAGUUCGCCUUUGUGAUGAUAAACUGGGUCUGGUGAAAAGAGCGUUGGACGGAUCUCCAUCUGCCUACACCAAGACCAACAAGGUCCUCCGCCUGGCAGGCCUAUUACAGGUGUCCGGUCAGGAUGAGGUACUAAGGCGUGGUCGUGUUCGUAUGCUAGUUGCCCAAGCAGCCUUCCAGGAGAAGGAUUACGACUUUGCCUGUUCCAUGUGCCGCGAGCUCAUCAAGGAAGGAUACGAGGACGCUUGGACCAUCUGCAGAGUGAUUGGCGAGACGGAAGAGUAUAAGGAUCUUAAAGCAAGGCAAUCCCUGUUGGCGUUCGCACUCACCCACUGCUCACCAGAUGCUAUUGAGGAGCUUAUUCAUAGCAGGAGUUUGGUGGAAACUCAGAUCCUCUAUACUGAACUGAGCCGACAGAUGGACACUAUUGAUGAGAAACAAACUGAUGAACCUGAGGGUAGCACAGUAUCGAGGUCACUCAUGACAGGUCGUGAUUGGCUGAAAACCACAGUCACAUGGCUACGCCCACUCCAGAAAGGGACCCAGAAUGGUUCUGUGGAGCAUCACUCAGACAAGAAGAUAGAGGAUAAGAUGACUCAGAUGUUCCAUCCCUUUUAUUCCUCACUUAUCAGGGAUGAAGACUCCAAACAGUUUGAUGGUCUACCAUAUGAAAAGCUACUCCGCCAGAGACGUGCGAACGGCUCGUUCAAUGUCAGCCACUGCUUGUUACGCACGCAGAAGUUAUGCGAGUGCCGAGCAGAAGGCAGUGUGGAGGAACCCGCUACUGAAGUAUUGCUGCAGCUCUCGGAGUCUUUACUUGAAUACGACACGACACAAGCGCUAGCCUACCUUCUCGCUCUACCUAAGCUGUCAGAAGCGAGCGAGCUGUUCCAAAAGUACUCCAGCAGUUACUUGUGCCUGCACGUGGCCGCCUACUGCUAUGCUCUGGACCUCUACAGCAGGCUCAAUCCCGACCUCAGAAAACACCAGCCAGCGGUCUUCACACACAAACCCACUGACGUCAUAGAACACGUGGUGCGUUUCGUGAUAGACGGCGUGCCUUCCGAAUGGUCGGAGGAGCUACAUGCACUUAGCACGUGUCUGCUGCAGUGGUAUAAUCAGAUGGCGGACUUCUCCCAAGCGCAGCUGCUGCAGAGUCUCGGCCGAGGUGUAGAUAUCGGGCGGUUCGCCCGUGACUCGGAGUACAAGAGAGAGACGAUCCUUGGACUGACCAUGACCCUGGAGGAGGAGGUGUUUAACACGGCCGUAUCGCUGGCCGAGCGCUAUGAUGUGCCUGGCUGGUUAGUUCUGAUGACCCAUCUAGAGUGGCUCUUCACGGACAGCGGAUUGGCGACAAAGGAGAUUCAAGAGCGUGUUAACAAGACGGACAUUAUGACCACGCUACUGCAGGACGCGCCAAAAAUGUAUGAGCGUAUGCGUGAUUGCGUCUACCCUACAAUCGACGGUGGGAUGCACGCUCGUCUCAUCUACUACUACAUGUUACUACAACAGUGCCAAGAAAAGGACACAGGACUGGUGGACGGUAUCGAUGCCUCGACUCACCUCAAGUUGCUAAAGAAGAUCAAGUCUGCGGCACCAGGCCUGGACUACAAGAAGCUGAUGUCUGGGGAUGAUCCUUUGGCCAUUCUCGGUCCAGUCCUCACCAGCGCUAACGUCCAUUUGCUUGCCAAACUCGCCACAAAGAUACCAUCUCAGGAUGGAGGCUACUUCCAACCUAGUGGUAUUUUUCGUGUAUUUCUUGAGAGACUAUUCUGGGAAGGCGAUCAGAAGGCAAGAGAAAGUGAAUCAGAUGACAUGGUUGACUGGGCGCACCGUUACGAGGCUUGCCACAAGCUCUUCCCCCGCAUCACGCCUGCAGAUCUCACGCACUUGAUUGACGUGAUGACGUUCAGUGAACGCGCCGUGGACACGCUUCAGCUGGAGAGGAGGGUGGAAUGUGUCAGUCGCGCGCUCAGGUUCUCACGCCAGCAGGACGCGGCGCGAAGGAAAAGGGGAGUGGACGAGCAGGAAGAGAAUGGCGCAUCAGAUGACCUGACUUAUGAGGACGCUAUCAACCACUUGGAACAGUCCGCCAGACAUCUCGAGUCCAUGACAGACCCGAUCAUCUACGAGCUUGUCGAAGCAGACGAGGAUAACGAUACGCACUACUCACGUCUGUACGACCUAUCCCGGUCGUGUCCGGUCCGAAUCAACGCCCUUUUGUCCCACAUGGUUACGGACGGAGUGUCGAUACACGCUGCCAACGAGCUACUGCGCCUGGCAACACGACAGACGCCGCAGACCUGGAAGAUUGCAGACGCUGUUCAAGAUAGCCUUGCUCAUGUCCUGGACGUACUCAGUGGCAAAAUCACCGAGUCUGACAGACUUCAUGGGCGUGACCCACACGAGGUCCUCGAGUCCAUCAUACACUCCGUGCGUGACCAUAUGCAGGACGAGGGGGGACUGGUAUCCCAGGAGGAUGUGGUCUCAACCCUUAGGCCCUUCUGCGCGGACACGAGCGUUCCCACAUCCGUCAAGACGAGAGUGCUGCAGACCCUCGAGGAGUCGUUUGACUUGACAGGGGAAGACACAUUCCUCUUACUAUUUUACCAGACAGAAGCUAUUGUGACGUCACACUGGAAUAGACAGCUCACUCCUGAAAAUAUCGACAGCGACGAAAAGCGACUUUUGCUAUUCCGGCAGUUACUAGAAGAGACUGCCUCAAUGCCAGGUCUACGCGCGCUUGGCUCAUUACUACAAAUAUGGCCUGUCCUCGCUGCAACAGAACUGAGUGAGCAUGACCCUUCAACCAACCCGUGGAUUCAGCUGUUGAUGAAGAUAUGCGAAUGCGGAGACGAUGGUGAGAGCUUCUUGGGACUCCUGAGAGCGAGCAGGAUCUCGUCCGCACUAGGUCCACAGUGCUGCUCGUACGUGUUUGACUUGCUAUUGGGAAAAUGCCCGGAUGUAGUGGCUCUCAAAUUCGCGCUGAUGUCAAACCACGAGGAGCUCUAUCACGCCGUAGUGUCCCGGAUGAGCAACCUAAAGAUUACUAAAGAAACUUGUGACGACAAACUACUAGAGCUUAUCCUGACUCGCAACCUGACAACAGAGGUCGCCAAGACGCCUUACCUCACCCCUCUCGUGGACUACGUCACGUCUUACCCAGACGAGCCCGGAGAUGUUUCAGCGGCAACUAAGCAAGGCGCACGCGUGAAGCAGGUCGCGCUUCAACUGCAAAAUGCGGGGUAUUGGGCCGAGGCAGGGACGUUAUUGCUUCGGUACCACGGAAUGCACCCUAUGCUAAUUACCGUUGAUAGUGCUUUGGGGACAUUAUCUGCCUGGUUGAAAAGGUGACGAAUGAAAAAUCUAGAAUAAAAUAAAUUGAAUUAUGAGCAGCCUAAUGAGGUGAAACAUGGUUCCCGGACAACCUGGAAAAACGAGUUUCACUGUUUAAUGUCAGAUAAACAUCAUGGAUUUUACGAAAGUAUUUCAGAUUUUGAAAAGGACUUGUUAUUUGACUACCUAUCGAGGUCUUUUAAACUAUAUGAAUAAUUGUCAAGGAAUUUUAUUGUUUGCGGCCCUUUGAGGGGGGUGUACUGGCGAGCCCUUCAUACAAGGGAUCUCAGCUUAGUGAAAACGCCUGGUGCAUAACAACGCCUUUUUCUAUUAACUUUCUACUCUGGUUAAUAGCAUGUACUGGUCUUCGAUCAUUCGAGACACAUUCUAAUCCACUCGGAUGUGUUUUCUAGAAGCAACGGUGACUGAAAACAAAUUAUGGAAAAAAUUGAACUUUACACUGGGUCACUAAAAGAACAAAA